CUCAGCAGAGCAACAUCGGGAAAUCUGGCAGACUGGAAGAGAGCAGCUGCCCUUCAGGGCAGCUGUGAAGUGUGAAGCAUGGAGGAAAGUAAGAAUGAGAAGGUGAACCAGGCUCAUGUUCUGUUUGACAGAUUUGUCCAGGCUUCAACAUGCAAGGGGACUCUCAAGGCUUUCCAGGAGCUCUGUGACUAUCUAGAACUAAAACCCAAGGACUAUCGUUCUUUCUAUCAUAAACUCAAGUCCAAGCUAAAUUACUGGAAAGCCAAAGCCUUAUGGGCCAAAUUGGAUAAAAGAGGCAGCCAUAAGGAUUAUAAGAAGGGGAAAGCAUGCGCCAACACCAAGUGUCUGAUAAUUGGGGCUGGACCUUGUGGCCUUCGUACAGCCAUCGACCUAUCAUUCCUAGGAGCCAAGGUGGUGGUCAUAGAAAAGAGGGAUGCCUUUUCCCGCAAUAAUGUGCUGCAUUUGUGGCCGUUCACCAUACAUGACUUGAGGGGCCUUGGCGCCAAAAAGUUUUACGGCAAAUUCUGCGCAGGAUCCAUAGACCAUAUCAGUAUCCGUCAGCUCCAGCUUAUCCUUUUGAAGGUUGCCUUGAUCUUGGGAAUAGAAAUCCAUGUCAAUGUGGAAUUUCAGGGGCUUGUUUACCCUCCAGAGGAUCAGGAGAAUGAAAGAAUAGGUUGGCGUGCAUUGGUCCACCCAAAAACCCAUCCAGUAUCUGAGUAUGAGUUUGAAGUAAUCAUUGGAGGGGAUGGCAGGAGGAACACCUUAGAAGGGUUUCGCAGGAAGGAGUUCCGUGGUAAACUAGCAAUUGCUAUCACAGCAAACUUCAUCAAUCGCAACACCACAGCGGAAGCCAAAGUAGAAGAGAUCAGCGGUGUGGCCUUCAUAUUCAACCAGAAGUUCUUCCAGGAUCUACGGGAAGCCACAGGUAUUGACUUGGAGAACAUUGUCUACUACAAAGAUGAUACACACUACUUUGUCAUGACUGCCAAAAAACAGAGCUUGUUGGAAAAAGGAGUGAUACGGCAUGAUUAUGCUGACACAGAAUUAUUGCUCUCCCGGGAGAAUGUGGACCAGGAGGCUUUGCUUAACUAUGCCAGAGAAGCAGCUGAUUUCUCCACUAAUCAGCAGCUGCCAUCGCUGGACUUUGCCAUCAACCAUUAUGGUCAGCCAGAUGUGGCCAUGUUUGACUUUACAUGCAUGUAUGCAUCAGAGAACGCAGCCCUGGUGCGAGAGCAGAAUGGCCACCAGUUACUUGUGGCCCUGGUUGGGGACAGUCUCUUAGAGCCAUUUUGGCCAAUGGGAACUGGAAUAGCCAGAGGAUUUUUGGCUGCAAUGGAUUCUGCUUGGAUGGUACGAAGUUGGUCACUUGGAGCUAGCCCUUUGGAAGUUCUUGCAGAGAGGGAAAGCAUUUAUAGGCUGCUGCCUCAGACCACCCCUGAGAACGUGAGUAAAAACUUCAGCCAUUACAGCAUCGAUCCUGCCACCCGGUAUCCCAAUAUCAACGUCAACUUCUUGCGGCCACAGCAGGUACGACACUUGUAUAAUACAGGAGACUUGAAAGACAUUCACCUGGAAAUAGAGAACUUUGUGAACUCCAGAACACCUAAGCUGACUCGGAAUGAGUCUGUAGCUCGCUCUAGUAAAUUGCUCAGUUGGUGCCAGAGGCAGACAGACGGAUAUGCUGGUGUAAAUGUGACAGAUCUCACCAUGUCAUGGAAAAGUGGCCUAGCUUUGUGUGCCAUUAUCCACAGAUACCGUCCUGACUUAAUAGACUUUGAUUCUUUGGAUGAGCACAAUGUGGAGAAGAAUAACCAGCUGGCCUUUGACAUUGCUGAAAAAGAGUUUGGAAUAUCUCCCAUUAUGACUGGAAAGGAAAUGGCAUCUGUUGGAGAGCCAGAUAAACUGUCAAUGGUGAUGUACCUCACACAGUUCUAUGAGAUGUUCAGAGACACCAUCCCCUCUAGCGAUAGUCUGGACUUGAAUGCAGAAGAAAAAGCUGCCCUAAUUGCCAGUACCAAAUCGCCCAUCUCUUUUCUCAGUAAACUGGGACAAAGCAUCUCUCGGAAACGCAUGCCAAAGGACAAAAAAGAAAAGGAACUGGACGGUGCAGGAAAGAGGAGAAAAACCAGCCAGUCUGAGGAUGAGGACAUCCCACGGAGCUACAGAGAAGAAAGGCCCACGCUGGUGAGCGCUCUGACGGAGAGGAGGAUUGAUGCUGCCAUUGGGAAUCAGAACAAAGUCAAGUCUAUGGCAACCCAGCUACUGGCUAAGUUUGAGGAGAAUGCACCAGUGCAGUCGUCAAGCUUACGGAGACAGGGUUCGCUCAAAAAGGAGUUCCCCCAAAACCUGGGAGGCAGUGAUGUCUGUUACUUCUGCCGCAAGCGAGUCUAUGUGAUGGAAAGGCUGAGUGCUGAAGGCAAGUUUUUCCACCGUAGUUGCUUCAAGUGUGAAUACUGCGCAACAACUCUGCGCUUGUCAUCGUACGCCUACGAUACUGAAGAUGGUAAAUUCUACUGUAAGCCUCACUACUGUUACCGACUCUCUAGUUAUGCUCAAAGGAAGAGGCCAGCAGUGGGUCCUCUGUCAGGAAAGGACACCAAGGGAGCUCUGCAGGACGCCAUGGCAAGUGAUGGAAGUGGACGGGCAAAUGCCAUCCAGGCCUCAGCAGAGAGGGCCCCAGGUUCUAACAUAAACGGGCUGGAAGAGCCCAGCCUCGCCAAGCGGCUGCGCGGCACGCCCGAGCGGAUUGAGCUGGAGAACUACCGCCUGUCCCUGCAGCGGGAGGAGGAGCUGGAAGAGGUUCCUGAAGAAACACUAGCAGAACACAACCUGAGCAGUGUGUUGGACAAAGGAACGGAAGAGGAUGUGCCCAGCAGUAGUUCAGAGUCUGAGAUGGAGGAGGAAGAUGAAGAGGAAGAUGAUGAACCACCCCCUUCAGACUUGGGUGGUGUCCCAUGGAAAGAGGCUGUGCGUAUUCAUGCCCUCCUGAAGGGAAAGAGUGAAGAAGAGAUUGAGGCUGAGGAAAAUCAUGAGAUUGAGGACAAAGAAGAUGAGGAUGAGGACGAGGAAUACGAAGAAGAGGAAGAUGAGGAGUCAAGUGAAGAGGGGGAGUAUUGCCCUUGGGAGAGAGAGCUGCAGGAAGGCCUCUGGCUUGAACGUCUCUCAAAUGAAGAGGACAUGGGUACAUGUAAAGCUGGAAACCUUAGACUGAAGCAGAUUGUAAAUCCGGUUGAUCCUCUGGAGAUCCUGGCAGAUGUGCACUGGACACACAUCCGUGAAAAAGAGGAGGAGGAAAAAAUGGUCCCAACCUCAGAGUCCUCCACCUCCAGAGCAUCCGACCUUCCCUCCGUACGCCAUGAGGCGGUACAGGCGUGGCUGGAUACAGUCCCUGGAGCUCCAUGUGAGGAUAACGAUGUGGAGGACGAGCUGGGCACAGAGCCUGCAGACACAGAAGGGCAGGCAGGUGAAGAGGGAGACACAGGUGCAGAGCUGGAUGAUGAGGACAUCCCAUCUGAUGCAGAAGCAGAGUUUCGCUUACAUCACGGUGGUGUAGAAGAGCCAGAACUAAAAGUCUCUGAAGAUGAAGAAGAUGAAGAGGGAGCAGAAGGUGCUUCUUCCAGUGUGACAGAAGAUCCAUGCAAGCCAUCCAUUCCUGUCCAGCCAUCUAAUGACAGUGUUCUUCCUCUCUCUCCAGCUGAUAGUCCCAAAGCAAAACAAGCUGAGGAUGCAAAAGACCACCUGGCUGAAGUAUCCCGUGCAAUAAAAUCUCCAGAGGCACGCUUUUUCCCUGAACCUUUCCUUCCUGAAGAAGGACAAAAGAGUGAAAUUCCCAAAGACAGGAGAGUUAAGAGCCCUUUGAUGCCACCAUCUCCAGUGUUAUCCCAGCCAGUUGCAUCACCAGAAGCCAUUGCACCUACAUCACUAGGAGCAUCUCAGCCAGCAGCACCAACAUUGGCUUCAUCCCCAACAUCUGGUCAAAUGCCUAUCUGUUCCCAGCCUUUGCCUUCUGCUGAAACACCCAUUCCAUCCCCAGUGGAGCCUCCAGUAUGUUUCCAACCUGUCCCAGCCUUAACGUCUACUCCUUUAGCCAAACUGGUCCUUAGGAGCCAGGAUGGUGAGGUGGAAAAACUGGGGAGCCCUACUACUGCAGAAGAAGCCUUGAAACGGAGUAACCUUGUAGAAGAGUUCUGGAUGAAGAGUGCUGAAAUCCGGAGGAGCUUAGGGCUCACCCCAGUAGACAGAAACAAACGCUCAGAGACAAACUUUAAUGUAUCUGCCCUUGAGACAACUCCUCUGAAGAAUAUUUCAGGGGUUGAAAGGACUGGUCUUGUGAAACCCCAGCCUGCCCCAAGAAGACAGGGACUGUCUAAGUUAGAAAACGAACAGAUUGCACUGCUGUCUCCAAAAUCUCCGUCGGAAAAAGAGCUAAGGAAUUCCUGUGAAGCAGGGAGAGAAGUAUCCAGCAGUUCUGGACUUGGCCUUCAGGAGAGCUCAUCUAACAUGAGAACUAUGGCUAGCCAGAGCUUCAAUACUUCUGACUCUACCAUGCUUACUCCUCCAUCCAGUCCCCCACCACCACCUCCUCAAGAUGAAGAACCAGCCACUUUGCGUAGAAAGAGGCAUCAAGCAGUCUGGCAGAACGAGGUUGAAGCCAAGUCACCUCCAACACCAGCACCGACACCUCCUGCUCCCCCACGCCAUGAGCCAACCUCUGCUGCCAAAGGGUCAGCCCAGGCCAAAAAAGACGAUGUGCGGAAGUCUUUUGCAGAGAGUGUGGAUGAGAUUCCAUUUGCUGACGAUGUAGAAGACACCUACGAUGACAGGACAGAGGACUCAAGCCUUCACGAGAAGUUUUUUACACCUCCUACCAGUAGGCCAAGGCCAGAGAAACCAGUUCUUUUGCCCUUGGUCAAAGAAAAUGGGGGUCCACCCUUAAUGGAAGGAGGGGGUAACCAAAAGAAGAGAGUGUUGCCUGAAAUUUCUGUGGAGGCUAAGGAGCUUGCUGAAGAAAGAAUGAGAGCCAGAGAGAAGUCUGUUAAGAGCCAAGCACUGCGUGAUGCCAUGGCUAAACAGUUGUGUAAGAUGAAAGAGAUGGAGAUGGCUGCUGCUGCUGCUGGGGCCACGAGGGCACGAAAGGCAUCUUCUAUGCCCUUGAAGACCAAAGAGUUGUUUUAUGACUCUCCAAAGCAUCUGGCCUUGAAAAUAGCAGAGGCAUCCACACGAAAGCAUGAUGCUUCUAGUGAGAAAUUCUCCACUCCUGCUGCUGAAAUGGCAGGACCUGAAGGGUCUGUCACCUCUUCAGAAGGUUCCAGUGGGAAGAGUAAGAAAAGAACUUCUCUUUUCUCCCCUCGUAAGAACAAAAAGGAGAAGAAAACAAAAAAUGACAGCAGGCUUUCUGACAAAUCUAGUGGUGGGACAGAGGAAGCAACAAAGCCUAGGUCCUUAUGGAAGUCCGUUUUCUCUGGGUAUAAGAAAGACAAGAAGAAAAAGACUGAUGAGAAGUCCUGCCCGAGUACUCCCUCAAGUGGUGCCACUGUGGAUUCUGGCAAGCACAAAGCUUCUCCGUUUGUUACAGCUGCAGAUUUGCAGCUCCGCCAGCACCUGAGUUUCUCAGAAGACUCCGACAUCUCCAGUGAUGAUAUUCUGGAACGGUCCUCCCAGAAAUCUAAGCGAGAGUCGAUUUAUGUACCACACGCCUUGGCAUUCAAGAGAUCAUAUUCGUCAAAGAGAGCCUACACAGAAGAGGAGCUUAAUGCCAAGCUGACCCGACGAGUACAGAAAGCUGCACGCAGACAAGCCAAGCAGGAGGAGCUAAAGAGGUUACACAGAGCUCAGAUCAUCCAGCGGCAGCUUGAACAAGUGGAAGAAAAGCAGAGGCAACUUGAGGAGAGGGGGGUUGCUGUGGAGAAGGCUCUUCGAGGAGAAGCAGUUGAGCCCAAUGCCGGGACACCACGUCGUAGACCUCUCUCCUUCUGCCCUUGCUGUGCCCACGAAGGCAUGGGUAAGAAGGAUGAUCCCAAGCUGAUGCAGGAAUGGUUCAAGCUGGUGCAGGAGAAGAAUGCCUUGGUUCGCUACGAGUCUGAACUGAUGAUAUUCGCUCGAGAGCUAGAACUGGAAGACAGACAGAGUCGAUUACAGCAGGAGCUCCGGGAGAGGAUGGCAGUAGAAGAUAAUCUGAAGACAGAUGAGGAGCUCUCAGAGGAGAAGAGGAUCCUGAAUGAGAUGCUAGAAGUAGUAGAGCAGAGAGAUUCUCUUGUGGCUCUCCUUGAGGAGCAACGGGUUCGAGAAAAAGAAGAAGACAAGGACCUGGAGGCAGUCAUGCUUUCCAAAGGUUUCAGCUUGAACUGGUCUUGAGCUUAAUGCAUUUACCUCUGCUGGUCUGUGUUGUCCAUUUGGCCAACCCUGAGUUCGCCAGAAUUGCAUGGAUAGGAAGAUGUUGAAGGGGAAACCUCCAAGGGGUCCAACAGCAUGCAAAGGUUUGGUUUGAAGCACUCAGAGGCCUCUGAUAAGUGUGUUGGUUCCAGAAGCUUAAGUUUUACAUGUCUGCAAGCCAAGUUGAAGAUAAUGAGUUGAGACUGUGGAGUCUCCUUGAGGUCCUAUGGAAUGGACCAUAUUUUUUUUAUGUGGUAGGAGGGAGAGGAAUAAUCCAUGUGUGGGGAAGGAGGUUAAGGGAAGAAGUACCCUUAACUAAACUGGAUUUCUGGCAGUCCAUUCCUUUCCCAUUUUUACGACACCAGUUCUAAUAAAAGGGAGGAAAGUGGCAACCCUCUCUGGAAAAUCACAGCAGCUUGUAGCAGCCUGUAUGGUGGAGUCAGCUGUCCAAGAGAGCCCCAGAAGCCCAGGGCAACACCUUCUUUGCUUUAGUCUUCCUCCUCACCAAAGAAACUUGCAGUUGAUAAUUAUGCAUGGUUAUGAAGAAAUACCAGAC